UAAAGUAGCACUGGGCUGUGGCAUGGAUGUGGCAGUUAGCUUGCGAGAGCAAAUCAAAUCACCUGCUUCUGUCAUAUUCUCCUGUUAGGCCUUCAAACCAUGGAUCAUGUGGACAGAACAACAAUGGCUCUGACAAGCAUCAUUGCCGAGGUACAGUGUAACUGUUGUUUGUAAUUUGUAAUGUCAGUAUUGUCUUUUGGAAUACAUUUGAGUUAUUUGCAAUAUAUGUCAGUUAUCUUUGAUGUUUUGUAUUAUUUUAAGAAGAUAGCUUUUAUUGUGAAACAGCCACUUUUAUUUAGAAAAGCCAGUUGUGCCGUUCUGACGUACGGGAGAAGGGAGAAAUGAGCAGGUAAAGAUGCACAUGUGCCCCAGCUAAGAUACAUGCUAAAUAUCAACCUAUUUAAGUGGUUGUGAAAUGUUUAAGGGCCCUUCAAGGACCAAGGAUAAUUCCCUUAUUUGCAGAACGCAGCCAACGAGGUAAUUCUUGUUUUUGUCUUUAUUUUACUUUGAUGAGCUGUUUUCCACAUGCUGUAAAGGCUUUUAUUUUCGCUAACUUUGUCUUUAUACCGUGUGUGUAUGUGUCUGUAGUUUUCACGGUGGAUUUGGAGAGAAAGCUACAAAUAAACCAGUUGCAAGAAAGCCACUUGUGUUUGCCUGUGCUUCGAGGGAAUUACAGUGAAAACUCGAACUGUCCAUCAGCGCGAGUGAGCAUCAAUUAACAACACGGCAAGUUCAAAGGACUGGCUUCAUUCAGCCUGUCUGCAGCGCAUGGAGCAGUCAUUCAUGGAGCAACAGAUGAGCCAAAAAACAGCGUUAAAAAGCACAUAAAGAAGUAAGACCCACGCAGCUUAAACAGUGAAGUUUCAAGAAGAAGUAGCAAAGGGCUUGGACACUAAUAAGUUAAGAGUUAUUUAAGAAGAGUGUUUUUGUCAGUGUUUGUUAUCACGUAAUUUAACUCAAGUUUAUUAUUCCAGAGAUACUAAAGUUAAACGGCAAACAUUUUUUGCUUGCAAUUUAAGUUAAUUUUGUGAAAUAAGAAGUGAACACUAACUGCCAUUGAAAUGUAAGUUUUCUGAGUGUUUUAUGUGAUUUGCAUAUAUUGUGUGUAUUUCACUAGUGAUAUUUAAGGUCCAAUUACAUCAUUUUGCACACCUUUAAGUUCUAAAGUGCACUUUUGAAGUAUCAAGCAUUUAUUUAUCUAUUAUUGACAUUUACAUUUGAGUGAGUGUUUAAAGUUGAUGGGAAAGUUUGUUUACCACGUUAAUUUCUAUUUGUAAACAACGUAACUGCUAUUGUUUUGCAAAAUGCGAUUAGUGAUUUGACAAUGUCAAAGCCAAAAGAGUCUACAAUUCAGAUAGGGGACAGUCUUAGAGACAGAGCAAAUUCCCACGAUCAACCUGAAGAUGGAGAAGUAGGUGAUGCUGAAGGCCACCAAGAGGAAGCUCACCAACCCAGGCGAAGUCAGAGAAUUAAAACUCUUACAGAAAAGGGUAAAGAAAUGCAAGAAGGAAAAAUUAAAGGGCUUCAACAAAAGUUUGACUACAUAUAUGACAAGUGGAGAACACACGUUAAAUCUGCUAAGCAGCCAUUAUCACAAUCAACAGAGCCUUUAUCUGAUGAUCUGCUUCAAGAUAUCAUUGGUGAUGUCAUAGGGCUUUCUGCAGAUGUCCAGCGUAUUUAUGAUGAACUACGCAAAGUCUCACCUCCAGGUCAGGACACACGUCGAAGAGUGGAUCAGUGUGUGGAGAUUUCAAAGUUCAUUGUAUCCAGAGCCUCAAGUCGGCUGGGCGGAAAGAUUCCAGAACGAGAGCAAGAGUGGCCAGAAGCAGGCUCUCUCUUCGACUCAAGCAUCAGUAAAUCAGGUUCUGUCAUUUCUAUCUUGAGAGGCACCUCAGAGCAUUCAAGCCAAUCUCCUGUUAAUCGCCAAGAAGCUGCUGCUGAAGCUGCUGCAAGCCAAGCAGUUCUGAAAGUGCUACAAGAGCAAGAAAAGGAACAAGUGGAAAUACAGCGCUUAGAAGCAGAAGCUAAAAGAAAGAUAGCAGAUGAAGAGGCAGCAGCCAUCAAGCGUCGUUUAGAACGAGAAAAAGAAGAAGCUAAAAUUAAAGCUAAACGGGAAGAAGAGCAUGCAGCUCUACAAAGGACUCUGGAAGAAAAGAGGAGAAAGAUACUGCAGUUAGAGGCAAUGAAAAGUCUCAAUGCCGCACAAGCAAGAAUACAGGUGUAUGAUCAGGUGAAGGCUGUAGCAGAGCAAAAGGACACUGUAAAACAAGAGAAGGAAGAAGAUAAUCAAGCUUCAGCUCCAACAAGUCCUCAACCGCUGUAUGUACCUUUCAUACCCCAGGCUGGAACCACCUCCUCAAAUGACAGUACAGCAGAGCUUGUUAGGGUGCUGGCAGGUGCUUUAAGUGCGAACAGGAUUCCAGUUCCAGAGCCGUCAGUAUUCACUGGGGAUUCAUUGAAAUACAACGAUUGGAAACUCUCCUUUGAAACACUGAUUGACCAGAAAAACAUUCAAGACAAAGAGAAGAUAUACUACCUGCGUAGAUAUGUAAGUGGACAAGCUAAGAAAGCACUUGAUGGAUAUUUCCUACUCGGUACUGAAUCUGCCUAUGUUGCUGCAUGGGAGAUUUUAGAGGAGAGAUAUGGAAAUCCAUUCACGAUUGCAAAAUCGUACAGAGACAAGCUUCAAGCAUGGCCUAGGAUGGGGUCUAAGGACAGUUUUGAGCUCAGAGAGUUUGUUGAUUUUCUCCGCAGUUGCGAGGCUGCCAUGGUCCACAUCAAAUCAUUGGAAAUCUUGAAUGACUGUAAUGAAAACAGGAAAAUUUUGUCAAAGUUACCAGACUGGCUAACAGCGAGAUGGAACCGGAAAGUUAUUGAAGUCCAAGAAAACAGUAACCAAUUCCCCUCCUUCAGUCAAUUUGUUAAAUUUCUGACAAGAGAAGCAAAAAUCGCCUGUAAUCCUGUUACAUCAUUGCAGUCACUGAAACAAACUGAUGCAGAAAAAACAAAAUACCAAAGACCUCAAAGCUUAGGAGCAAAGACUCUUACUACAAAUUCAAAUGAAAGAACUAACAUGUCUUGUAUUUUCUGUCAGAAAAGUGGGCACACCUUGCACAAAUGCAGAAAGUUCAUGGAGAAAACAGUUCCAGACAGAAUCAAGUUUGUUCAAACUGAAAGGUUAUGCUUUGGCUGUCUCAAGUCUGGUCAUCACUCAAAGAGUUGCAACAGUAGGAGUGUUUGUGAUGUGUGCCAUAAGCGGCAUCCUACUUGCUUGCAUGCAGUGCGACCUAAAGAAGAACAAAACCCACUACAAGCCAAGCAAACUCAAAGUCAAGAAAAGCCGAGUACAAGUCAAGAAAAACACCAAGAACGACCUCAAUCUACACAACCCAAAGGAACAACCACAGCUGCUACUUCAAACAGAGUGAUACUGGAGGAAGCUAACACACAAACAGCCGCAAUAAUUCCUGUUUGGCUUUCAUCCACAUCUCAGGCAGCCCAAGAAGUUCUUGUGUACGCACUUUUGGAUUCUCAAAGUGACACAACCUUCAUUCUGAGUGAAGUAGCUGAAACUUUGAAAGUAAACAAACGACAAGUCAAGCUCAAGCUUUCUACUAUGACCUCAAGAACCACGUUAGUAAGCUCCCAAAGGGUAGACAACUUACAAGUCAGAGGCUUUUACACCGAUAAGAAGAUCUCCUUACCACCAGUCUACACACGGGAUUUUAUUCCAGCCAACGGAACUCACAUCCCAACAGAUGAAACUGCAAAAGCUUGGUCUCAUCUAGAGCACCUUCAAGGAGAAAUUGCACCUUUACAGGACUGUGAAGGAGGUUUGCUCAUUGGAUACAACUGCUCACAAGCUUUACUUCUAAGAGAAGUUGUGUCUGGCAAAGAAAAUCAGCCGUAUGCACUGCUCACGGACCUUGGAUGGAGUAUUGUUGGCCACGGCAAUCCCUGUCUAGACUACGGUGACACAAUUGGGAUCAGCCAUCGCAUAGUAGUAAGACAAGUGACACCAGGUGUUGAGCCGUCGGUCAAUCUCAAGACUGAAGUACACUAUGUGAGUCGAAACAAAGUAAAGGAAAUUAUUCCUUCAGACGUCAUAAACAUCCUGGAAUCAGACUUCUCUGAAAGAGCUGGAGAAAAUGAUCCUGUGUCUCAAGAUGACUUGAAGUUUCUUUCCAAGUUGAGAGGGAAUAUUACACAAAAGGACAAUGGUCACUACGAAAUGCCUUUGCCGUUCAAGGAGGAAAGACCGAAACUACCGAACAACAAGACGUGCGCAAUACACCGUCUGAACUGUCUUGAAAGGAGACUAAAGAAAGAUCAAAGAUACUAUAAAGACUAUGUCAAGUUCAUGGAUGACAUCAUAUCACGUGGAGAUGCAGAGAAGGUCCCUGAGGAUGAAAUUGACAAUAGUCCAGUUUGGUACAUUCCACAUCAUGGAAUCUAUCAUCCACAGAAACCAGGCAAAAUACGCGUAGUAUUUGACUGUUCUGCCAAGUACCAAGAGACAUCCCUCAACGACCAUCUGCUCACUGGUCCUGACUUAACAAAUACAUUGGUGGGUGUCCUAUGCCGCUUCCGAAAAGGUUACAUUGCAGUCAUGUGCAACGUGGAAAGAAUGUUCCACCAGUUUCACGUCGAAAAGGAAGAUUAGGAUUAUUUGAGGUUUCUAUGGUGGGAGAAUGGCAACGUGGAAACCACACCAUCCAUCUACCGCAUGAAGGUCCACUUGUUUGGAGCAGCCUCGUCUCCUGGCUGUGCCAACUUCAGCCUAAAACAUCUGGCAGCACAAGGGGAAGGUCGGUUCAGCGACGCCGCCAUAUGCUUCAUUCAGAGGAAUUUUUAUGUAGAUGACGGUCUAACAAGCGUUCAAACUGAGAAGGAAGCCAUCAAGCUUAUCAAAGACUCAAGAGAACUUUGCUUUACUGGCAAAUUAAGACUCCACAAGUUUGUAUCUAAUAGUGAGAACGUGAUGGCAACCAUCCCAGAGGAAGAACGUGCAGCAGUCAAAGAUCUGGACAUGGCCUUGAGUUCACCACAUAUGGAGAGAGCUCUCGGAGUGGAGUGGUGUAUCACAUCAGACUCAUUCAAAUUCAGAGUUCAAGUGAAACCCAAUCCAUUGACAAGAAGAGGCGUACUGUCUACAGUUGCUUCUGUGUAUGAUCCCCUAGGGUUCAUGGCACCCUUCGUCCUUUUGGGGAAACAAAUACUCCAGGAAAUGUGUAGAGAGAAACUUGGAUGGGAUGAAGAUCUUCCAGAACGUUUAAGACCUCAGUGGGAGUCCUGGCUCAGAGAUCUACCCAACCUGGCUGAAAUGGAAAUCAAAAGAUGCUUCUUACCUUCAAGUUUCGGCAGUGUCAAAAGGUAUGAACUUCACCAUUUUGCUGACGCAAGCAUCUCCGGCUAUGGUGCAUGUACUUACCUCCGAGCUAUUAAUCUAUCCGAUGAAGUUCACUGUUGUUUGGUAAUGGGUAAGUCAAGAGUUUCACCAACCAAGGUUACAACUAUACCUAGAUUGGAACUGUCAGCUGCAGUUGUUGCAGUUCAAACCAGCGACACGCUUCAGAAGGAACUAGACAUUCAAGAUCUGCAGGAGUUCUUCUGGACAGAUUCUACAGUUGUUCUCGGCUACAUAAACAACGAUGCCAGAAGGUUUCAGGUGUUUGUAGCCAACCGCAUACAAAGAAUCAAGUUAAGUACAAAGCCUGAACAAUGGGCUUAUGUUGCCUCUGAGAACAAUCCUGCAGAUCAUGCCUCUCGAGGUUUGACUGCACAGCAGCUCAGGAACUCUAACUGGUUCAUAGGACCAAAGUUUCUGUGGCAAAAGGAACUACCUCACAGACGAUGCAAGGUGGGAGAUAUCAAGGAAGAUGAUCCUGAACUCCGCAAGGCUUUUGUGUGUAACACUAGGGCAAAGGAAGAAAGGUCAUUAUUGGAUCACUUCAAGAAGUUCUCUGAUUGGUCAAGGGUGGUAAAUGCAGUUGCUAGACUGAAAAGGCAGAUCAGGGAAUACAAAGGUGUGCAACAAAGAACCAACGAAUGUACAAGCUUGGAAGAAAGGAAAGAAGCAGAACUGGCAGUGGUCAAGCUAGUGCAAGAAGAGGCAUUCUCAGACUUAAUAAAAUGCUUGAAACUAGGGAAUGUGACUGUCAAGACCAAAGAUAGUAAGUUGUACAAGUUGAGUCCAUUCCUGGAUGAAGAAGGCAUCCUGAGAGUGGGAGGACGUCUGAGUCGAGCCACAUUACACCCACACGUGAAGCAUCCGGCACUUCUACCGAAGAAUAGCCAUAUAUCCUCUCUACUUAUCAAACACUUUCACGAAAAGAUACAGCAUCAAGGACGUGGAAUGACGAUGAAUGAACUGCGAGCUAAUGGAUGGUGGAUCCUGGGAUGCAGCAGUGCAGUCUCGUCGCACAUUUUCAAAUGUGUCAAGUGCAGAAAGUACAGGAGACCGACUGAAGAACAAAGGAUGGGCGAUUUACCACAAGACAGAAUGGAAACUACUCCAUCCUUUACCUACGCCGGCAUCGACUGUUUUGGUCCAAUCUAUGUUAAAGAGGGAAGAAAAGAGCUCAAAAAAUAUGGUCUUUUACUUACCUGUCUAUGUUCAAGAGCCAUACACAUAGAGAUGCUGGAUGACAUGACAACGAUGCAUUUAUUAAUGCUUUGAGAGCAUUCAUCGCCAUAAGAGGAAACGUGCGUCAACUAAGAUGUGACCAAGGCACUAAUUUUGUCGGUGCAAGGAGAGAGUUUAUAGAACUCAUGAAAGGAAUGGAUCAAGAAAGAACAAAGAGUUUUGGAUGUGAAUUGCUCAUGAACCCUCCAGCGGUGAGUCACAUGGGUGGCGUCUGGGAGAGGCAGAUAAGGACCAUAAGGAGUGUUCUUACUGCUAUUCUUGACCAGUCAGCACAAAGGCUUGACAGUACCUCCCUACGGACAUUCAUGUAUGAGGUUAUGGCUAUCAUUAAUAGCAGACCACUCACCGUCCUGAACCUUUAACUCCAAACCAUAUCCUCACAAUGAAGUCUGCGGUCAUUCUGGUUAGUGAUACUACAUUUGACAAAAAGGGGAAAUCAACAACUAAACCAGUGUUACUUGAAAGACCUAUACAAAAGGUUGUUACACUGCUUGAAGCAGAUUGAAGUGUUAUUAUUUUGACUGAAACUCCAUGUCAGAUGGUCAAUAACAAGAAAUGUGUUAUUGAGAAAUUGAAGUGUUCAUUUGAAAACAGUAUUGUAUUUAGAGAAAUCCCACUUGAAGAUUUGUGUGAUUUGGUGGGAGUGUAACUGUUGUUUGUAAUUUGUAAUGUCAGUAUUGUCUUUUGGAAUACAUUUGAGUCAUUUGCAAUAUAUUUUAGUUAUCUUUGAUGUUUUGUAUUAUUUUAAGAAGAUAGCUUUUAUUGUGAAACAGCCAGUUUUAUUUAGAAAAGCCAGUUGUGCCAUUCUGACGUACGGGAGAAGGGAGAAAUGAGCAGGUAAAGAUGCACAUGUGCCCCAGCUAAGAUACAUGCUAAAUAUCAACCUAUUUAACUGGUUGUGAAAUGUUUAAGGACCCUUCAAGGACCAAGGAUAAUUCCCUUAUUUGCAGAACGCAGCCAACGAGGUAAUUCUUGUUUUUGUCUUUAUUUUACUUUGAUGAGCUGUUCUCCACAUGCUGUAAAGGCUUUUAUUUUCGCUAACUUUGUCUUUAUACCGUGUGUGUAUGUGUCUGUAGUUUUCACGGUGGAUUUGGAGAGAAAGCUACAAAUAAACCAGUUGCAAGAAA